AUGAUAUUACUUCAUUUUGUCUAUUCUCUUUGGGCCUUACUUCUCAUUCCUUUAACUAAUGCCGAAGAAUUCACCCCCAAAGUGACAAAGACUAUCGCGCAAGAUUCAUUUGAUAUAUUAAGCUUUGAUGAUUCCAACACUUUAAUUAGAAAACAAGACACCUCCGUUACUAUAAGCUUUGACGAUGGUGAAACAUGGGAAAAAGUUGAAGGCAUUGAAGGCGAAAUCACUUGGAUAUACAUCGACCCCUUCAAUAGACAUGACAGAGCCGUUGCAACGGCAAUGAAUGGGUCGUACCUUUAUAUAACCAAUGAUCAAGGUAAGUCAUGGGAGCGUAUAACGCUACCUGACUCCGGAGAAAGUAUUUCACCUCGUGAAUGCUAUAUAGAAACCCAUCCCUUGAAUAAGAACUAUUUUCUUGCAAAGUGCAACUAUUGUGAGAAAACAGAAGUAAACAAUGACAAUGAAGAGAAUUCGGGGGACGAAGAGGGACAAUUUGAAAUAUUUAAUAUUACACGUUGCACAGACAAGGUUUUUGCAAGUAAUGAUGGUGGAAAAUCCUUUUCUGAGAUCAAGUCUUCUCUAGAAAGGAACGAAAAUAGUCCUAUCAGCAUUUCUGAUUGUGGCUUUGCCAAGACCAGCAAAGAUUCUGACCUUGAAAGUAGUGAUACCUCAAUAAUCUGUCUUUUUCAAAAUAUGCAGCUUAUUAUGGAUGAGUUUAGUUCUCCUUACACCGAAAGUAAAUUGGUCCUAACUACGGACUGGGGCAAAUCACUAAAAGAAUUUGACCAAUUUAAAGAUAAGGUCGUCAAUGGUUACAGGAUAUUGAAAUCUCACAUGGUUGUCUUAACCCAGGGCGACAGAUAUAAUGAUAUGUCUUCCAUGGAUGUGUGGGUAUCAAAUGAUCUGUCAAACUUUAAAAUGGCUUACAUGCCUACUCAGUUAAGGCAUUCUAUGCAAGGAGAAAUAUAUGAGGACGCUAUGGGAAGAAUUAUCUUGCCCAUGAGUAGGGAAAGAAGUGAUCAAGAGGAGGAUAAGGGCAUCGUGUCUGAAAUUUUAAUUUCCGACUCACAAGGGUUAAAAUUUUCCCCCAUCCCAUGGACCGCAAAUGAGGUGUUUGGUUAUAUUAAUUUUUAUCAACCUACUUACUUGAAAGGAACGAUGAUUGCCUCACUUUACCCUCUAUCUAGGCGUCGUAACCGUAAAGGAAAAGCCAAAGGAGUAAAGAGUAAGGGGGUAACCAAAAUAUCUGUUGAUAAUGGCCUCACAUGGACAAUGUUAAAAGUUGUUGAUCCAGAUAACGCAGACUCAUUCGACUGUGAUAUUACUGAUUUUGAGAAUUGUUCGCUUCAAAAUAUGUUUUACACACGGGAGGGUUCCACUCCAACCGCCGGAAUUCUAAUGACAACAGGUAUUGUUGGCGAUGGUAGUGUCUUCGACUGGGGAGAUCAAAGAACCUUUAUUUCUAGGGAUGGUGGCUUAACAUGGAAACUCGCCUUUGAUUUUCCUUGUUUAUACGCUGUUGGUGAUUACGGAAAUGUUAUUGUGGCUAUACCGUAUAAUGCGGAUGAAGACGACGAUCCUCAAUCCGAAUUUUAUUACUCUUUAGACCAAGGUAAAACUUGGACCGAAUAUCAGCUAGAAACUACUAUCUACCCAAAUGAAGUAAUGAAUACAACGCCCGACGGAUCUGGAGCUAAAUUUAUUCUAAAUGGGUUUACUUUGGCGCAUAUGGAUGGUACAACGAAUUUCAUCUAUGCAAUUGAUUUUUCAACAGCCUUUAAUGAUAAGACAUGCGAAGAAAAUGAUUUCGAGGAUUGGAAUUUAGCUGAGGGGAAGUGUGUCAAUGGAGUCAAGUACAAGAUCAGAAGAAGAAAACAGGACGCUCAGUGCUUGGUGAAGAAAGUUUUUGAAGACUUACAAUUAUUUGAGACUGCUUGUGACAAGUGUACCGAGGCUGAUUACGAAUGCGCGUUUGAAUUUGUUAGGGACGCGACCGGGAAAUGCGUACCAGACUACAACCUAAUCGUUCUCUCUGACGUAUGUGAUAAGACAAAGAAAAAAACUGUGCCUGUAAAACCAUUGCAACUAGUUAAAGGUGAUAAAUGUAAAAAACCAAUGACAGUCAAAUCAGUGGAUAUUUCGUGUGAGGGAGUUCCAAAGAAGGGAACGAAUGAUAAAGAAAUAGUGGUUACAGAAAACAAAUUUGAUUUCAAGAUUCAAUUCUAUCAAUACUUUGACACAGUCACCGACGAAUCCCUCCUCAUGAUCAAUUCAAGAGGAGAAGCUUAUAUAUCUCAUGAUGGUGGACAAACAAUAAAAAGGUUCGACAGUAAUGGUGAAACAAUUAUUGAAGUUGUGUUUAAUCCAUACUACAAUUCUUCAGCUUAUCUGUUUGGUUCCAAAGGUAGCAUUUUCUCUACCCAUGAUAGGGGAUACUCUUUUAUGACUGCUAAAUUGCCCGAGGCUAGGCAGUUAGGUAUGCCAUUAGACUUUAACGCUAAGGCACAGGAUACAUUUAUCUAUUAUGGUGGUAAGAAUUGUGAGUCAAUCUUAAGUCCGGAAUGUCAUGCGGUAGCAUACCUGACCAAUGAUGGGGGCGAAACGUUUACGGAAAUGCUUGAUAAUGCAAUUCAUUGUGAGUUUGCGGGCUCACUUUUCAAAUAUCCGUCAAAUGAGGAUAUGGUUAUGUGUCAAGUGAAGGAAAAGUCUUCGCAGACAAGAAGCUUAGUUUCUUCUACUGAUUUUUUCCAGGAUGAUAAAAAUACCGUCUUUGAAAAUAUUAUCGGCUACUUAUCCACUGGUGGCUAUAUCAUCGUUGCUGUUCCUCAUGAGAACAACGAAUUGAGAGCAUACGUAACUAUCGAUGGUACUGAGUUUGCCGAGGCAAAAUUCCCAUAUGAUGAAGAUGUUGGGAAGCAAGAGGCAUUCACUAUAUUAGAGUCUGAGAAAGGAUCGAUAUUCUUACAUUUAGCAACAAACUUAGUACCAGGACGCGAUUUUGGCAAUCUUUUGAAAUCCAACUCAAAUGGUACUUCUUUUGUCACGUUGGAGCAUGCCGUUAAUAGAAACACAUUCGGCUAUGUUGACUUUGAAAAAAUUCAAGGUCUCGAAGGCAUUAUUCUCACCAACAUCGUUUCAAAUAGUGACAAGGUCGCCGAGAAUAAAGAAGACAAACAAUUGAAGACGAAGAUCACCUUUAAUGAAGGUUCAGAUUGGAACUUUUUGAAACCUCCGAAGAGGGAUUCAGAAGGAAAAAAGUUUUCUUGCAGCUCCAAAUCACUGGAUGAGUGUUCAUUGCACUUACAUGGCUAUACUGAACGUAAGGAUAUUAGAGAUACAUAUUCUUCCGGUUCUGCAUUAGGAAUGAUGUUCGGCGUUGGCAACGUUGGUCCUAACCUUUUACCAUAUAAAGAAUGUUCCACCUUCUUCACCACCGAUGGUGGCGAAACGUGGGCUGAAGUUAAGAAGACUCCUCACCAAUGGGAAUACGGUGACCACGGUGGGAUUUUAGUUUUAGUUCCUGAAAACUCAGAAACUGAUUCUAUUUCCUAUUCUACCGAUUUUGGUAAAACAUGGAAAGAUUAUAAAUUCUGCGCUGAUAAGGUUUUAGUAAAGGAUAUAACCACUGUUCCCAGGGAUUCUGCUUUGAGAUUUUUGCUGUUUGGAGAGGCAGCAGAUAUUGGAGGCAGCUCAUUUAGAACGUACACAAUUGAUUUUAGAAACAUCUUCGAAAGACAAUGUGAUUUCGACAUCACUGGUAAGGAAAGCGCAGAUUAUAAAUACUCUCCUCUGGGUUCCAAAAGCAAUUGCCUAUUUGGUCACCAAACCGAGUUUUUACGUAAAACCGAUGAAAAUUGUUUUAUUGGGAAUAUUCCACUUUCUGAAUUUUCAAGAAAUAUCAAAAACUGUUCUUGUACAAGACAAGAUUUCGAGUGUGAUUACAACUUUUACAAAGCUAACGAUGGUACUUGUAAAUUAGUCAAAGGACUAAGCCCAGCAAAUGCUGCAGACGUUUGUAAAAAAGAGCCAGAUUUAAUCGAAUAUUUUGAAUCGUCAGGCUACAGAAAGAUCCCUCUAUCAACCUGUGAGGGUGGCCUGAAAUUGGAUGCUCCCUCAUCACCACAUGCUUGCCCAGGAAAAGAAAAAGAAUUCAAGGAAAAGUACUCAGUAAGUGCCGGUCCCUUUGCAUUUAUUUUCAUUUCAAUUCUUUUAAUAAUUUUCUUUGCCGCAUGGUUUGUAUAUGACAGAGGUAUCAGAAGAAAUGGGGGAUUUGCAAGGUUUGGAGAAAUUAGGCUAGGUGACGAUGGUUUAAUAGAAAACAAUAAUACUGACAGAGUUGUCAAUAACAUUGUGAAAUCAGGAUUUUACGUUUUCUCAAAUAUCGGGUCUCUUUUACAGCACACAAAAACUAAUAUAGCGCAUGCUAUCUCCAAAAUUAGAGGAAGGUUUGGAAACAGAACAGGUCCAAGCUACUCAUCCCUGAUCCAUGAUCAAUUUUUGGAUGAAGCAGAUGACCUGCUUGCUGGCCACGAUGAAGACGCCAAUGACUUAUCCAGUUUCAUGGAUCAGGGUAGUAAUUUUGAAAUCGAAGAAGAUGAUGUUCCAACACUUGAAGAAGAGCAUACAUCAUAUACAGAUCAACCUACGACCACCGAUGUUCCAGAUACAUUACCAGAAGGAAAUGAGGAAAACAUCGACAGGCCUGAUUCUACAGCGCCAUCUAACGAAAACCAGUAG